AUGUCCUUUGAAUUUGUCGACAACUCCGUCAUCAACAGGGACGCGAGAAAGGUGAUACGCAGCCAUGUGAUGAAAGGCAAGAACACAGGGAAGACGCGCGUACCCAGACACAGAAGCGCGAGACUCAACUCGAGAGUCGUCACAACGGUCUCCAGACAGCGUGGCCAGGCGGGACUGUGUGACACCCGCCAUCUAGACUCGGUCGUCACGAUAUCACGUCAGAUUACGAGCGAACUGUGCUUCCUCCCAUUCCCUGCUGCCUCACAUCCGCAGUCCAAGACUCGCAUUCACCAGUUCUUCUCGCUCGUCAGCGAGGCUCUAUACCCACCCGCGUUCUGUGUGAGCGGUAAUGUCCCAGAGGCACUAUGGGUUCAAUAUUUAUUCAUUGACGAAGCAUUCUUUCACUGCACGAUCGCGAUAAGCUCGGCAUGUGUCGAUCACCUCGUCCUAGCAAAACCAGGAGAUUCCACGAUGGCUCUCUACCACCUGUCCCGUGCUCUCCGCUUGAUCAACCAGAAACUCUCAGGCAGUGAGGCGCUAUCUGAUGCCGCUAUAGCAGUGGUGAUCGUCAUGUCCAUGUACGAACGCAUUCGGGGUCGGUAUCACGCCGCAAGAAUGCAUUUUGAAGGAAUGGCACGGAUGAUACAGCUUCGCGGUGGAAUCACGCAAAUAGCAACAAGUUUUGAUACGCUGGCUCAGAAGGCACUACGCUGUGACCUCGAAGUUGCUCUGCAUUUUGGAGGGCCAACACGGUUUGGAGUCCAGGACGUAACCUACAUCUCUGGCUUCCACGACCUGCGCAAUCAAGUACCGGUUGUCCAGCUACAACGGCUCGUCGAGUUAAGCCUAUUCCGAUCGGUUGGUAAUGAGCUCAAAGGCGCCGUGCUCGAUAUUUUGAGCCUUUCGUGGCUGCUGAAUGACCGAGCUGGUCUCGUAUCCAAGUUGAAGGGCAACGCUUUCCAAACAACACUCAUACAAAUGGGGUAUCGCCUUGUCGCCGUGAGCCCUCUGAGUGAGACAUGCCUCUCCAAUCAGUUGGACAGGGUUGUGCAUCUAGCGCUCGCCGCUUUCAUCGUGGCAUUCUGGCUUGAAUACGGCGGAAAACUCGGCAGCUUUCCUCUGCUUCGCUCACUACUAGGCACCAGCCUGCAGACGCUCCCCGGAGAUGAUCCAGAGACUCAAACGAUUCUGCUUUGGGCCUGUUUCAUAGGAAGAGCUUCGGUACUCAAGGAUGCAGACGACACCUGGCUUGUACCAGUAAGCGCGAAGGCAGCUCAAGCUAUGCACAUUCGCAGCUGGCUCGACGUGAGCCGGGUGCUUCAUGAUUUCCCAUGGGUCAGCGUCCUGCACGAUGAACGAGGGGAGGCGUUGUGGGACUUGGUUUUACCCGGCCUUUGCUCAAGCAGGUCCGACGAGCCGAGCGACCCUGUUCAAGGAGAGCCGAUGUAG